CUCCCCGCGCAGCGUGCUGCACGCGCGGUUUCGCGAUCGGGGGACAACCUUUCCCGCUGUUACAGGACCCUUCGUCUGCUACGGCAGAACCUGGACGAGGAGGCCAAAAUCAUGAAGGACGUUCCUGGGUGGCAGGUUGGAGAGUCCGUGUUUCACACCGACCGCUGGGUCCCCCCGACGUUAGACGAGCUCUACUACCUGCGGCCGGCCAGCGAGAUGGACAACGAGAAGUUCGGCUUGCAGUAUUAUGUCUGAAGCUUGGCAGAGCCCUGCCUCGCUCUGGAUUUCGGUUUCCCCCGAUGCGGUGCUGUCUGUCAGCUGCAUUUGUUGUUGACCGUGUGUUUGAGCUUCUGCUAUUAAAACCACACCGAUACGAGA